UAAACAUGCCGUAUCAUAAUCGACCGCCAACACAUUUAUCUUUAGCGCCAAUGUUCAUAUGACUUGUUAAUGAAAUAUUAACUGUCAAGAUUUUUUUUUCUACCAUUUGAUUAAACAUUAAAGUCUUUCUAAAGUGAUUUAGGCAAAAACAAAGACAGACAAUAUAUGGAGAACUGGUAAGUUUUAAUGUGCAAAACUUGCUUAUAUGGCGGAUAUAUAAAAAACAAGGAUAUUGUUUUCCCUUUUCUUCGAAAGAAAGUAUCAGCUUGACUAAAGAAUGGCCCAGAUAAACAGACGCUUGAUCAUACUGGCUGUGCUUUGUGUCCUGGUCAUUCUCGGACUGUUAAUAGCUGUCAUCGUACUUGCCAGUCAAAAAGAUAAAGAAUCGAAUCAGGGACAUCAACAAGUACCACCUAAGCUACCGAGUCUUCUCCAGGUGUAUGGUGUGACUGAUGGCCUAGAUAUCAAGUGGUUCCCGAACGCCACGGACCAGGCAGAUAUAACCAAAGCUCUUAAAGAAGGAGUUCAACUGCUUGACAUUGAAGUAGUAAAAGUUGGUAGUGCACUCUACAACCGUGGUGAGGAACUAACUCUGACUCACAUUCUCCAAAGUCUUAAAUCCACAGAGACAGGGAUGAAGAUCAAGCUGGAAACAAGUAUUGAAACUGUAACAAAUGCUAAAGAGAUCAUUCAGGAAACACGUGAUCGUGAAUUCAACAAUCCCGUGAUUAUCACUCUGCCAGUGUUUUCAAGAACAUUUAACUGGUCACAGUUCUUGUCAGACGAAGGUGGUAAAAAUGACAUCAUGAUAAAUUUUGAUCUGACUGCGGAUUGUUGUGACACUGGGAUCGGCAGAGGAACUGUUGAAUAUGUUGACUUAUUGUAUAAUCAAGUUAAAUCAAACUCAUUCGUUGAAGUUGAUGUUGGAAAUCUUCCUUUUUCGUGGGAAAAUGUUAGAUGGCUGUUGUCUAAAAAUGAACAUUUAGUGCUUAUCAUAUCAGCAAAUUCGCCUAUUAACAAUGAUACAGUUUAUGAUAUACUUACUGUUAGAAAUGACAUAGAUAAGAACAAAGUUGUCUACAAUAUAGAAGACGUAGUACGUACUGAAUUUCGACACCUUGCGUCAACUGCUGGAAGUCCUUUGCUCUACUUUGAUAUUAAUCCGCGAGACGCCGGUAAAAUAGUUUGGAGUCACAAUACUGACACUUGGGACCAACUGGAUAAAGCUACAAGUGGUGAUGUUAUGAUGAUAGAAGGUGAUAUAAUGCUACUUGAUCAAGACACACCUAAUCAGACAAACAUACCCAUCAUGGCACAUGACAUAGGCGAUUUCAAUAAUAUCACAUUUGAACAAUGGUUAGACGAAAUUAUAAAGGUUGACAAGGGAAUGAAGUUUGACUUCAAAACAUUGGAUGCUGUGAGACCAGCUCUCAAAAUAGCAAGUAAGAAACGGAAUAAAAUAAAAGGCCCGAUUUGGUUAAACGCUGACAUUCUCAAAGGUCCGAAAGCUAGGGAGACAAGGAUUCCUGCAACUGAUUUUCUAGAUGCUAUCAAAGAGUUCCCUGAAGCAACGCUGUCUCUUGGCUGGACGACUGUGGCUAAAGGAACUGACUAUAAACUCAAGUAUUCAAUGGCGAUGGUUCAAGAAAUGCACAACAUUUGUAAGGUAUUAAAGCAGCCGGUCACAUUUCCGGUGCGAGCAGAACAACUUGUUGAUUCGUGGAACGAAUUCGAAUGGUUGUUAAAACAAUCACGCAGUUAUUCGCUAACGGUGUGGACCUCGCUUACGGACAAUGUAACAAGGAGUGAUAUGGACUUCGUAAAACAACAGGCAGAAACGUCAAGAGUUUACUUUGAUUUACCUGAAAAGUGGAGACCUUCAUUCUAAAAUUACUUAAAAUUUGACAUUUUUAUGGAACACAAAGAAUGAUCGUAACUGUCUCAAAUUACAUUAAAUGAAACUAAAACUAAGACAUAGAUUAUGAAGCUCACGUAGAUGUUGAUGUAGGCUAAAUCAUUUUCCCGUCAUAUAAUAUAGCUCUGCCUUUGUUUUAGUC